GCAGUCGCGCUGUGUCCAAACGCCGAACGUGUACUCCGCUGUGUACUCCGGGAACGCCGCCGCGCCGUGCAUUUCGGUCGAGUGCAAUCAACUAUUUAAUCACGAUGAAGUUCGGUCACGCGAUCGAAGACUCGCGGAAGAAAUAUCCGGAAAUCACGGACGAGCUUUUGGACAGUCUGCAAAAAUGGGCGAAAGAUCGCGGUCUUCCCAAAAUUCCCGAGGAGCAAUUGGCGUUAUUCGCGCACAGUUGUCACUUCGACACGGAGGCCACGAAACAAUGCAUGGACGUUUAUUACAGAAUGCGAACCACGGUCCCGGAAUUUUUUAGCGACAGGGAUCCUACCCUCGACUAUCUGCAACACAUUAUGAAAGUCUUGGAGUUGAUGACGUUUCCUAAGCCCGAUCCAAAUGGUAACCGAAUAGUUUUUCAUCGAUUGGUGGAUACGCAGCCGUCGCAGUACAUAUUCAACGAUGGCAUCAAGCUGCUGAUGAUGACCAUCGACGCGAGCCUCUACACGGACGGUUGUUCGGAGGGGUACAUAUUUCUUUUCGACAUGGCUGGCACGCGACUCGGUCACUUGACCAGACUGUCGGUAAACGGUAUCCGCAAGUACUUUGAGUACCUUCAGGAAGGCAUGCCGAUGAGACUCAAAGCCAUUCACAUCAUAAACGCGGUAUGGUUUAUGGACAAGGUGCUCGCGCUCUGCAGACCGUUCAUGAAGCGGGAGCUUUACGAAAUGCUUUACAUUCACACGGGUGACGUCUCCGACACUCAUAUCCCGCCCGAAUGUCUGCCGCAGGACUUUGGCGGGGAAUUGGAUUGUGUCGCAAACCUUCAUAAAGCGCACUGCAUGAAGUUAGACAAACUGCGAAGUUAUUUCCGUGAGGAGGAAGCUCUGUUCCGCAAUUAUUCGCCUGACAACGUGAGGAAAGCGCAUCAAAAAAUUAUGACAGACGAUACCAAGGAUCCAAUAGAUCACGAUGAAGAUGAUAGCUGAUGCAAGAUUUUAUAUGUUAUAGAAAAAAAAUAGCGUUAAGUUGGUCGAUGUACAGGUGUAACAAAUAGGAUAAAUCACUUUCCGAAUGAGGUACAGUUAUAAAUAAGGAUACAAUCGCAUGGUGUCAUUACGACUUUCUAAUUCUCAUGCGUGACUUCUCGCAAAUAAUCGCGUCCUUGAGUCCAAAGGAGAUGUCAUCUGCUCUUUAUUCUCCGUAUUCCUUUCUACAUAUAUUUGCUUGAAAUGAAAUAUGCACGUUAAACAUACGAAGGAAUGUUUCAAGGUUUCUUAAACAAAAAAUAAAUAAAUAAAUGUAAGAUCUGUCAGAAACAAGAUUGCGUGUGGAAAAGGUCAUAAGAUUAUUUCUUGCUGGAACUUAAUCUCUAUAAAAAAUUAAUUGAUUUGAAUUUAAAAUUUAAAUGUGCGGAAUGACGAAAGAUACAGGAAAGAAUUAAGAAAUACGUAAGAUUUUAUGUUCUGAAAUACAGUUUCGUGAUAAACUACAUUUUUAAAUCAAAUAAUAAUAAGUUUCCUUAAUAAAGUAAAAUCCAAACAAAAAGUCCGUAUUUAAAUUUUAUAUAGAUUUCUGCUAAAGAGAUGCAUAAUCACACGUUCGUUAUCUAUAUUACAUGCAUCUCUUCACCAGGAAUAAAUACGUUGCAAGUUAACUUUUGAACUUCGUCUAUCAUGUACAACAAUAAAAGGUAUUACACCGGUAA